AUGACUAUUAAUCCAACACCAAAUCUUGACUGGCGCGCCCUGGUUGCGCAGAAGCGCAAACAGCUCGACGCCCAGAUUCCCUCGGAAUGGCGACUUAGCGACUCGUUUGUCGCUUCACUUCCUGAAAAUGGACAUCUCAUCGAGGCCGACAUCCCCCGACGCAGUGGAAUCCUGACUGGUCUCGAGCUGGAUAUUACGGAGAACCAUACGGCCGCGCAACUUCUUCAGAAGCUCGCCUGGGGCGACGUCAGUUCCGUGGCAGUGACCACGGCAUUUUGUAAACGUGCAGCGAUUGCGCAGCAAUUGACCUCCUGUCUAACAGAUCAUUUCUUUUCCCGCGCCCUCGAGCGAGCAAAGUACCUCGAUGACUACCUGAAACGGGAGAAGAAGGUCGUCGGACCAUUGCAUGGUCUGCCUAUAAGCCUGAAAGAUAGUUUUUGUCUUGAGGGCAUCCAAAGCACUAUAGGAUACGCUUCAUUCCUGGCACACCCUCCUGCCAGCUCCAACUCGGCCUUGGUGAAUAUGUUACUAGACCUGGGUGCCGUGCUCUACGUCAAGACCAACAUUCCUCAGACCAUGAUGACUGGCGACUCUGACAACAACAUCUACGGCCGCACUCUAAACCCACACAACACGAACCUCACGGCUGGCGGUUCCAGCGGCGGCGAAGGCGCCCUCGUCGCAUUCCGCGGAUCCAUUCUCGGCGUAGGCACCGACAUCGCGGGAUCGAUCCGCAUCCCGGCCCUCUGCUGCGGCGUGUACGGCUUCAAGCCCUCUACUGAUCGGAUCCCUUUCGGUGGACAAGUCACGGGCGCUAUUGUAAGCGCGCCAGGCAUAAAGCCCUCUGCCGGACCUCUCGCGCAUUCCCUCGACGACAUCGAGCUCUUCAUGUCGACCGUCCUCGCAGCUGAGCCCUGGAAGUACGAUAUCACAGCGACAUCGGCUGCUUGGACUUCUGCUCCUCCUUCUCGGCCUGCUGCUACCCUUCUCACUAUCGGCAUCCUCCCUGAAGAUCCACAGUUUCCUCUUCAUCCGCCUAUUCGUCGAGCGCUUGACUCCGCCAUCGCGGCUCUAACUAUCCAGGGUCAUCAAAUCAUUCAUCUUGACGCAGACGCCGACACCAACAGCGACAGGAAUCCCAGCAAGGAAACCGCCUACGCUAACCGUCUCGGCUUUCAAUACUUCAUCUACGGCCCACACGUCGACCAUAUGGCUGCCAGCGGCGAACCCGCCGUACCAUCCGUCCAACGGGGCCCGAAUCCCAUGUUCACGGGUUCAUUCCCGGUAGACCAGGAGCUAGGCGUAUUCGAGAAAAUUGAGGCGCUGCAUACCGCGAGACGGGAGUACUGUGAUGCAUGGCGCAAGUUAUGGGUACGACAUGGACUAGAUGUUGUGCUGGGUCCUGGGGCGCAGAGUACCGCUGUGCCGCAUGAUACGUACGGGUGGCCGCCGUAUACGUUAUUGUGGAAUUUGUUGGAUGUGAGUACUUCCUAUCUGGUCUGGUUCUUGCGCUGUGCAGACAACCCUAGCAGUACCCACGGCGCCCCUUGUGCCCUCCAAAUCAUCGCGCCGCGCUUCCACGACGAGAAAUGUCUCUCUGCGGCACGGAUCAUCGAUCGAGAUAUUCGUCAUGCGAAGUCACCUACUGCUGUGUCGGUAUAG